CACAGAGAAAAGGAGAGAGAAAGAGCGCGCACAUUAUGUUACAUAAUCAAUUUUAAGUACUUUUGCAUAAAAUACAUAUAUUGCAAAUCCUGAUCAUAAUAUGUAUUAGAUAUGCAUGCGUAAGAUACGUAUGAAGAAAUGAUGUUAAAAUAUGCUCACCACAAGAGUGAGGUAGACCAGUGGUCAAGAUCUUUCUUAUUCACGAAUAGCUUGUAGUAACGGGCAGUAUAUCAUAAACGUUGCAGCGAGACGUUACGUAAAGAUUUGAUUCAGCGAAACGCGUUUAUUAGAAAGCAAAAUUGUCACUAGUCGAAUAAACUCAUUCGCACUGUUAUCAUAUAAUUUGACAAACAGUGUAAAUUCUAUUAAGAAUUUAAUAAAUAAAUAGAGGCAAUAAAUGAGAUAGAUUAGUAGUGUGUUUAUAAAGUGAGAGAGAAACUACAACCAUAUAGAAAAUACAACCAUUAAGUGUGAUGUCUCUCAUAAAGUGUAUUACUCUCGAAGAAGAACUAAUAAAAAAUCCAGAACUUAAGUUGUCAGAUAUACAAAUUCUAAGGGAUUGGUGUGAGAAACAACUGCAUCUGCCGAAAAUCCAGGACGUGGAGCUCGCCAUAUUUCUACACAGUAAUUAUUAUCGUAUAGAGCCGACGAAGAGCACAAUCGAGAAUUACUACACUUAUAGAACUCACAUACCGGAACUAUUCUCCAAUAGAGAUAUACGGAAAGUGAAAGGACUGCGAGAUGCUUUUAAACUCACGGCCGUACUUCCACUAGAGCUUACGACAAAGGAAGGAUAUAGCAUACUGAUGUCACGGCUUGUCGAUAUGGAUCCAUCGCAUUACUUCUUUAAUGAAUCGACAAAUGCUAAUCUCAUGGUGUACGAGGAAUUUCUUUGGACUCGUGGAUCAGUAUUAGGAAAUAUCCUUGUCAAUGAUGCCACGGGUUUCACAAUGGCACAUGUAUGGCGUACAAACUUAGCUUUAAUAAAGAAAUUCAUAUACUACAUCCAAGAUGCCUUGCCAAUGCGUCUGAAGCAGAUCCACAUAAUAAAUACAACGCCAGUUAUGAAAAUAGUGUACAACGUAAUGAAACCUUUCAUAAGCGAGAAACUGCAAAGUCUGAUACACUUUCACACGUCAUUGGAAAGUGCAAAAACGUACUUUCCGAUAGAACGAGACGUUACGUAA